CGACAUCCUCCCCUCAUUGCGAGCAUUCAACCUGUCAACCCAUAUCAUGGCCGCCGCUCCGCUGCUACGGCAGGUGAGUGCUCUUCACAAUAACCGUCACACGGAGGGACAUCGAGCUGACCCACCCCAGCACAUCCUACCCUUGGCCGGCCUCACCACGGCAUUGGCCCUCUACCCCAGGCGAUCCGUCUACGCCGAGGAACCCUCAUCAGAUCCGAUAGCAGUGAUACGCCGGAAACCCAUCUACGACUCUCAACCCCAAACGCCCUCCCUCCACGAAAUCUCCGCCACAACACCACCCCCAGCAUCAGGCAUAACCUCCACCCCGCAAGAAAAGACCCCCUCCUCCCCAUCCCCGUCCCCCACCGACCGCCUGGCAACUCAAAUCCAAAAAAGCCGCGUCUUCCUGCACGGCUACGCAGCGAAAACCGAAGACGCCGUCAACGCAGGCAUGGACCGCGUCAUGCACGCCGAGCACAACUUCACCUCCACCAUCGCCUCCCUCGCGCCGCCGAAAGAGAGUAAUGAAAAACUCCUGCCUGGUGGGAUCUACGUUCUCGUCGCCACAAUGGCCGGCAGCAUCCUGUCGCGCAAUCGCAACAUUGUGCUGCGCGCCAUCACGCCGCUCGUCACGGGCGUCACGACGGCGUACUAUGUGGUGCCGCACACGACGCGGAAUGUGGGGGAUUUGGUGUGGAAGUAUGAGGAGCGGUGGCCCGUUGUCCGGGAUAAUCAUUUGCGGAUUGUGGGUGGGGUGCGUCAUUUCAUUGAGACGGGCAAGGCGCAUUCGCAGAUGGGAUUGGCCAUGGCGGAGGAGAAGGUGCAGGGCGCGCGGGAAUCGGUGGAGGAGUGGGUGAGGAAGGGGCGGUGAUGGCAGCCUGCAUUUGUACUGAUACGAGGUGUAGUCUGUACAUACUCGUCCCUAUCGCACCACAUCUUUAUUACACUAGCUUUUGAUCCUUUCAAAGGAGUGU